UGUCGUUGACCGCAACCGUUCAAAUUUGAAAGAAUCUGAGAUAUAUUUUCGUGUUUUUAUUUCGAAUUGGGAAUAAUUUCUAAAAGAAGACAACACAAUUAUUUUUAAACGAUCAGAAACAGAAUGACAUGACUGGUUCUCCUAAACAAUAAUAUAUGCACUCAUACCCAACCACCAAGUUUCGUAACGGGCCAUGUUAGCCCUACGUUUUUAAUAUCGUAUUAAUGUGAAUACAAAUCAAUGAAAAUGGUUGAAGAUAAAACAAUAGACACUGUUCAGGUAGCGCUGCGCAUCAGACCUUUGAUGCAACAGGAGACCGAAAGAGGCUGCGAUGAGUGCAUUGACGUGAUACCUGGGGAGCAACAAGUGCAAAUAAAAGACUUAGCUUUUACAUACAAUUACGUAUUCGCGCAGCAUAUCACUCAAAGAGAAUUUUAUGACACUGCUGUGAAAGGACUAAUAGGAAAGUUAUUUCAAGGGUACAAUGUAACAAUACUGGCAUAUGGCCAAACAGGGUCAGGCAAAACUUAUACCAUGGGUACUAAUUACUCUGGGUCAGAUGGAGACUUCACUAAACUUGGAGUAAUCCCGCAAGCAGUGGCGGACAUCUUUGACUUUAUUGAAACUCAUGAAGACAAGUUCAUAUUCAAAGUGAAUGUCUCUUUCAUGGAGCUAUACCAGGAGCAGUGCUACGACCUGUUGUCAGGGAAGGAGCGUGGACACAGUAUUAUCGAGAUCAGAGAGGAUAUCAAUAAAGGUGUAGUUUUGCCAGGUAUAACCGAAUUACCUGUGGCAUCCACAAUGGAGACAAUGCUAGUAUUAGAACGAGGGUCUGCUGGUCGUGUAACAGGAUCGACAGCAAUGAACCAAGCAUCCAGUCGAAGUCAUGCCGUUUUUACAAUUAUAAUUUGUAAAGAGAGUCGAAGUGAUAAAAAUAUAGCAACAACAUCUAAGUUUCAUCUCGUCGAUUUGGCUGGUUCAGAACGCAUAAAAAAGACGAAAGCUAGUGGAGAGCGAUUGAAAGAAGGUGUGAAGAUCAAUCAAGGUCUACUUGCACUUGGCAACGUAAUUUCCGCUCUAGGAGAUGGAACCAAUAGAAGUUAUAUCAGUUACAGAGAUAGCAAGCUCACUAGGCUUCUUCAGGACAGUCUGGGAGGCAACUCGCUGACGCUGAUGGUGGCGUGUGUGAGUCCGGCCGACUACAACCUAGACGAGACCGUGUCCACGCUGCGCUACGCCGACCGCGCUCGGCGGAUCCGGAACAAACCGGUCAUCAACCAGGACGCUAAGGCCGCCGAGAUCGUAAGGUUAAACAAUUUAGUCAACGAACUCCGACUGCAGCUUUUAGGCAAAUUGCCAACUGUUAAUGAACAAAAUAAUGAAAAACUGCAAGAGGAGUUAGAAAGGGAACGAUCCAGAUAUGCAGAGCUGUUGAAGAAACACAAACAAGUCACUGAACAUCUUGGCAACAUGUUAAUUGAGAAUACAAAUUUAUGCGAAAAAGCACUUUUAGCUGAAGCAGCCAAGGACAAAAUAGAACGCAAACUGAACGAGCUCACGGAACAGUGCAAUCAGACCAUUGAAAAUCUUAACAUGACUGAUAAAUCUGAUGAUGAGCACCAGAAGACAUCAGUAGUCGAUUAUUUGAAAGAAAUUAAGACUAGGCUUGAAGACUUGCAGUCUGUCAACUUGAAGAACAAUGAGGAAUUAAUUGAUCAUGAAAUCAAGCUAUCGUUUGUCAAAGAUGACAAUGAUCAUGAGAAAGUUGAUGAAGAUGUCGUAUUAAAUGAGGAUCAGGCAGUUUUGGAAGAAGAGAAAAGGGCAAUGGGACAGGUGGCACUAAAUCAAGAAUUACAAGAAUUAAACCGUGCCAUGGCCAUUAAGGCGUCAGUAGUACAAGCAAUAUUAGCCAACAAUAAAGAAAUGCUGGACUCCCAUCAUAAUUUACGUGAAAACGAGGAAAAGAUCUCGCACCUAGAGAAAGAACGAGAUGAGUUACUUCAGCAAUUGAAACAGACUAAGAGCAAAGAUCCAUCGCACGAAGAGAGACGCACGAAAGUAUCGACCCUCGAAUCUGAGAUAUCUGAACUGAAGAAGAGAUGCCAGCAGCAAGCAAACAUCAUCAAGAUGAAAGAGAAAAACGAAGCUAAGAUAGCAUCACUCAAUGCUGAACUGCAAGCUAUGAAAGUUACUAAGGUUAAAAUAAUAAAACAAAUGCGCGAAGAAAGCGAGAAGUUCCGUAAGUGGAAGGCGGACAACGAGCGCGCCCUGCUGCGGCUCAGGAACGAGGAUCGGAAGCGCGCCACCGCCAUGGCCAAGAUGGAGACUCUGCACGCUAAACAACAGAACGUACUGAAACGGAAGAUGGAAGAGGCUGUCGCAGUUAACAGAAGACUUAAGGAAGCAUUGGAUCGUCAGAAGACGACCGCAAUGAAGCGCAGCGCUAAAGGCAACGUGAAGGCGGGCGCCGUGCAGCAGUACAUCGAACAAGAACUCGAAGUUCAUCUCAGUAUUGUCGAAGCCGAGAAGUCCUUGGAAGAACUCAUGGAGUACAGGGCUUGGAUCACGGAACAAAUCGAGAGUCUUCGCAACAGUACAGACUCGGAGGUCAACAAAAAGAAAAUUGCUGAACUUGAGGAUGACCUCGCUCUGCGUAAGGCUCAGAUAUCAGAUUUGCAGCAGAAGAUAUUGACAGCAGAUCAAGAAAAUAAAUCACGCACGCAAUGGGACAACAUACAGUCCAUGCUCGAAGCGAAGGUCGCUCUCAAAUGUCUUUUCGAGUUGCUGGUCGACGCCAAGAGAGAGCUGCAGAACCAGAGCGAGAAGGGCUACCAGGCACGAUACGAGGAGGUCAAGGAGGCCCACGACCGGCUGGCCGUCGAGUUCGACAACAGCAAGGCGGAAUUCGAAAGGCAGCUGAUGAAUGUCAAGAAACAGAGCGAACAAAAGCUGACGGCGCUACUGGCGCUGCAGCGCGGCGUGGUGCGCGGCGACAAGGGCGAGGCCUGCAAGCAUCUGCACAACGUCAUACAGGCGCAGCAGGACAAGCUCGAGCAAGUUGAAGAUGAAAACAAAAAACUGAUGGAAGAAUUAGAAGAGCUACGUGCGGCCGGCAAACGCGCCAAGAAACGGUCGUCGAAGAAGGAGUCCUCGGGCGAGGUCAAGAAACAGGAGUACACCGAGCUCACUGAUGAGGACGACGACGAGUUUGAGGACAGAGACAAGGACCCAGACUGGAGGGCCACGCCUCUGUUCAAACGGAUACAGGCGCAACGUUCCCGGCUCACGAUGAACUUCAGCAUGGCGGCGGAGGGCGCGACGGGGGGCGCGGCGGAGGGUGCGGCGGAAGGCGCGGGGCGGGCAGUGAAGCGCGGCAGCGACGGCAGCCCGCACUGCACGUGCCGCGGCAGCUGCGCCACCAAGAUGUGCGGCUGCGUCAAGAGCGAGCGCGCCUGCCGCCCCGCCUGCCGCUGCCAGCACGCGCUCUGCCGCAACCGCCGCGCCGCGCCCGCCUCCGACUCCGACGACAAGGAGAACAACCCGUCGAGCACGGAAAUAUCACUGGACACGACACCACCCUCGUAUUUUGAUAAACGAUUCGAAACGUCGCAAGAGCUAAACGCGACUGAGGAACUAGAAGAACAGAAGAAGUCUAUGCGUCCGAAAUCGGAACGUGCUAAGAAAUCGAAGGGGGCCACGCAGAAGUGGAUGAUGGGGUUACUGUUGUACAACACGUGCCUCGCCCCGCUGUCCGGGUACUGCGCCGACACGCUCCUGCAGUGCGGGCUCGACGUCGCCGCGUACGGCUGGGGGGCGCACGUCCUCAGACAUGUGAUCAGACAGGUUCCUAACGAAAAUCAUCUUGACGCGACAUUUGUUAAAAAAAAGAAGAGCUAUUUCUUCCCACACGACCAGGCGAACGAGGACCACAGACCCGUUAAGACUGAAUGAGCGAUGGUCGCAAUAGUAAAGACGAGAGCAGAUCGGUGGGAAGGGGAACGCUCAAGAAUUCCUGUAUUUUAAUUUUGUAAUCUAAAUUAAAUGUACUAUGUAUUACUAAUUUUUUUAUUUGAUUAUUUAUAUUUUAGCUCGGAAUGCCUCUCGUCUAUAGUACCGAAGACUGACCUGCGUUUCGCUUUCGAUUUGUCAAAUGUAAAUUUGAACCGAAUCCUCUCACAUUUAUUUAUUUCCCUCUUAAAGGUAUAGUACAAAUACCAAUGGAAAUUAACCUUAUAAUUUAUUUUGUAAGCCUUGAAAGAGCUGAAGUCUGUACUAGGUUCAAAGACCUGUAUUAUCAUUAUCUAUUUACUUUUUUUUCAACUAAAUUUGGCAAUGGAUUUAAAUUUGAACUGAAUUCUGUCUCUUUAUUUACUUUUUCAACUACAUAUUGUUCUAAAAGCCCAUGGAAAUGUACUUCGCGGUUUCUAAUUGGUUCAGUGUGAACGAGAUAUUUCUAUUGCUAUGACUAUUUCUUGAUUUGCCCAUGAAUUUAAUAUAGACAUGUAAGCCUUAUGAUUGUAUUAAAGUAAGCGGCUAAUGAGAUUAUAUUUCAAUGAUAAAUCAGUAGCUAUUUUUUUUAAAUCAGUAAUAUUUGACUGCUUGUGUUCUGGCAACACUGUUCUGUCAUUUAUUUGACAGAAGAUGAUUUAUGGUUGUACUUGCCCAUAGAUAAUACACAUAAGACUUGCCGCGUGAACAGUUCUUAAAGUGUAGGGAAGUAAAAUAAAUCCAGUGAGUUGUGAUCCGGUUUCGUUUGCGGUCAGUUCGGGUCGCAUUAGUUAGACGACGGUUAGUUUUUUGUACUGUAACUCGUUUACAAUGGCGAAUCCGGUCGACGUAACAUUGACAUUUUAUGCUUUAUAAAUUUGAGGAGUAGAUCUCGGAAUAAAGUUAUAUUUAUAAAUAA